GACCCCGCAAGGAUCAGGACUCACUUGCUCAUCUGUUCAUGAUGACUGAAAGCUUUCCCCUGCUAGAGCUCCUUCUUAAUGUGAUUGCCCUUCUUCUGCUGCUGUGGCUGCUGGUCCAGCGGAUCCGGAAUAGCCACAGAGCGGACCAUGUAUGGAAAGACCAAAGCUACCUUUGGACUCUGCACAGGUCCUGGUGGAAGCGCAGAGCUGCAAGAGCUCAGAGAGCCUCCUGGGACAACGAUGCAGAGCCGCAAGAGGUCCUGUCCAUCCUGCAGAGUGUAGGAUGGACAUUCAAUGAAGACCGCCUGCGGCGCUUGCUGGGAGACACCCCAGCCUGCAGCGCCCUGAUCACGGAGGCCAAGAGCCUGUUCUCCAGGGAAGGCCCGUCCCACCCGGAGUCCCAGCCCUCCUCCUCUCACGGGCACCCGAAAAGAGGCCCUCGACGUCCCAAGGAGCAAUCCCUGGGAUUUGACAGAGCUUAUUCCUCCUCCUCUUCUCCUUCUUUUUACCCAUCCUUCUCCUCUUGCUCCUGCUCUUCCUCCUCAUUUUACCCAUCCUCCUCCUCCUAUUUUUCCAUGUCCCCCACCCGGAGUCCCCGCAGUGUGGCAGACCCCCUGCCUCCCUCUGCGGCCCCCCGUGACGAAGCGGGGAUGGAACACCAGCACGAAGUCAUCAAACAGUCCCUGGAGCUGCAAGUGCUGGAAAACACCCUCCGGAAGCAAGAGGAUCUGGCCCGGGAGUUGCGAGAGGCUCCGAUUCUUGUGUCGGCCAAGGAGGAUGGAGGCCAAGAGAGCAGAGAGAAGACCCUGUGCCUUAAGCCCAGCCACAUCUCCGGGAAACACGGGUGGCUGCCAUCCAACAUCCAAGAUCCUAUCACCCUACUGGAGGUCAACGUCAGGCAGAAAUAUCUGGCGUUCCUCCUGGGCCUGCAUGAUUUCCAUUAGACCUCCAACUCCACCCCUGGGAGAGGAAGGCGGAGCCGACCCAGCCCCAGUCCCAGUCCCCCACCCAGAGGGGGCAUGGACGCUGGAGGAGACCUACCCAUCUGUCUGCACCCAGGCACUAACACCUGGGCCGGGGAGAGCCCGCAGCUAUCAUCUUGCCUACUCCGGCCCACCUCUCCUGGGGCCGCGGCUGUAACGGUGCCAGGCUCCGUCUCUUCUGCCCCUUCCUGCCCAUGGCCCCCUCUGAUCCUGCUUCCCCCCAACCCUGGGGGGCCUCCUGUUCCAGACCUCUCCCCAUGCCCUUCCUCUGUCCCUAUAAUAAAGUUAUCUCAUAGGUU